GAACAUGGCCUGGUGAUUAUUAAUCACGUGCUAUCCGAAGAAUCUCAGUAUCUAUCUGCCAAUGACAUGAGAGAGACUGAAUAUAUUUUAUUAGAUAUAUAGAUGUCUAGAUAAAAUAAGAAUUCUAACAAGUUUCAUCAUCAUUCUUUAUACUAAAAAUUCUUAUAUAAACAAUUCUUAAGAGUGAGAGUACUUAAUAGUUACGGACUGCAAUCAUGGACAAGCGUGAUGCAUUGUUACAAAUAAAUUUAGAGAGACCUCUUUAUGAACACGAGGCAUUGAAUCAAAAUUACAAUUAUGAGAAGCCAAAAUCAUUUUUGAUGCAAAAUGCGAUAAAUAUCAUCAGAUCGAAAGAUUGGCGAGCUUGUAUAAUGUCGACAGUACCAGCAGUGAAAUGGCUUAGCAAGUAUAAUUGGAGAGAAAACAUAUUGUCUGAUAUUAUUUCUGGUCUAACAGUGGCAAUUAUGCAUAUACCGCAAGGUAUGGCAUAUGCACUUUUGGGAAACCUACCACCAGUGGUUGGCAUAUACAUGGCCUUCUUUCCUGUCUUAAUAUAUUUUCUUUUUGGUACAUCCAAACAUGUAUCUAUAGGAACUUUUGCCGUGGUUUGUCUAAUGACCGGUAAGGUAGUAACAUAUUACUCACAUCCAGUCAUGGAUUAUACAUCAGCGAAUUUUUCGGACUCUCUUUCUGAAAAUCUCGAAGAUGUUACAUAUACGUAUACAUCCAUGCAAGUGGCAACAGCUGUGACAUUAAUGGUUGGAAUAUAUCAGAUAAUAAUGUGUACAUUCCGAUUAGGCAUUGUAACAACUUUGCUGAGUGAAACUUUAGUAAAUAGCUUUACGACAGCAGCUGCCGUUUACGUUUUUAUCUCUCAAAUCAAGGAUCUUCUUGGUUUAAAACUACCAAAGCAAAAAGGAUAUUUUAAGCUAAUUUUUACCGUUGUAGAUGUAUUUAAGGAAAUAGAAAAUACCAAUAUAACUGCAGCCAUAGUAUCAAUUGUAUCAAUUGUUAUUCUUAUUUUUAAUAAUGAGUUCUUGAAGCCAAGGAUGAGCAAAAUAUGCAGUAUGCCAAUACCUAUUGAACUCAUUGCAGUCAUUGGUGGGACAUUAGUUUCUCGAUAUUGCGAUUUACCAAAGACUUAUAAUAUUGAAACCGUUGGACAUAUUCCUAUAGGGCUUCCUAAACCAGAAGUGCCGAGUCUUGAAUUAUUGCCUUUGGUAGCAAUCGAUAGCAUCGCAAUAACCAUGGUUUCGUACACUAUUACCAUGUCAAUGGCAUUGAUAUUCGCGCAGAAACUUAACUAUGAAAUAGAUUCUAAUCAGGAACUUCUUGCAAUGGGCUUUAGUAAUGUAAUGGGUUCUUUUUUCUCAUGCAUGCCAAUAGCAGCCUCCUUAAGCAGAUCUCUCAUUCAACAAACUGUCGGAGGACGUACGCAAAUAGCGAGUAUCGUGUCUUGCUUAUUGUUGCUUAUUAUACUCUUGUGGGUUGGACCGUUUUUCGAAUUAUUACCAAGAUGCGUGUUGGCUUCCAUAAUAAUUGUAGCAUUGAAGGGAAUGUUCCAACAAGCUAAUCAAUUCGUUAAAUUUUGGAAACUGAGCAAGACUGAUGCCAUCAUUUGGAUCGUAACAUUCCUAAUUGUGACGUUGAUAAAUAUUGACAUUGGAUUGUUUGCGGGUUUGCUCGUGUCACUGGUCAUUAUUCUGCUUCAAGCUAUUCGACCCUAUGCAUGUUUGCUAGGUCACAUACCACAUACGGAUUUAUAUUUGGAUUUGGAUAGAUACAAAGCAGCGGUGGAGAUACAUGGAAUAAAAAUAUUUCAUUAUUGCGGUACACUAAACUUUGCAAAUAACAAUUACUUUAGGUCUAUCAUAUAUAAACUCGUAGGAGUAUGUCCGCAAAAGAUUAUCAAGCAUAGAAAAAAAUUAACUGAAGAAAAUCAAUUUCUGGAUGAUUCCGAAGGUAGACUUGAAUUGCAAUGCAUAAUCAUGGACAUGAGUGCGUUGAGUUACAUCGAUCCCAGUAGCGUUCAGAUGUUGCACUUGAUUGUCAAAGAAUUUACGCAAGUGAACAUCAAAUUUUACUUUGUCAAUUGUCCAAGUCCCAUCUUUGAAAUAAUAAAGAAAUGUGAUUUAUACAUAUAUGGCGAGAUGUCGCUGAAAAUCUUCGCGACUAUACAAGAUGCCGUUGCUUAUUUUCGAAAUGAGAUUUCCUCAAGAUAAUGGAAAAUGGUUUUUCAGUCAUACAUAUGUAAUAUAUGGACAUAUUUUUGAUAACAAUGUAACUACAUAAUGGAGGAGUGUACAGCUAUAUUAUGCAUGCAGUAUUGCUUUUUACGUUGUCUGUCUUAUGUUGUGUAUCUUUGUGACAUAUUUCCUGCAAAACAAUAUUGUAACAAAAAAAGAAAUCUUUUUUUACUCAGUGCCAAUUUUUAAUAAAAAAAAUAUGCAACAAAAUGUGUAAAACAGCAUUAUGUAAGUUGCAUAAAAACACAAAGUGAUACAAAUGUACUUCAC